UCAGACGGUUGAGAAGUUAUGACAUCGUCUUCGUCGUGGUGAUCGGUCCUUUUCUCUCGUACGUCUGCACUGCUGCGAUUGGCCGGCAAGUGCUAACUUGCUAAUUGCUGCCAAGUCGUACGGCUCGUUCCGAUCACGCAUAACAGCAUCUCGUGCGCGUAGUAGUAACAGUGUGCACAGGCCAAAAACCAUUUGGUAGACUUCCCGGAUCGACAUCCAGCACAUUGUUCUCUAUUACUCGUAAUCCUCUCGUAGUCCCGUGCAUCGUGCAUCGUACGUCAUAUUAUACGGUCCCCUCGUGGAACUGCUGUAUGCUUUGAUUCGCGCAGUAUCGAUUCGCCAGGCGGCUGGUUUACAACCGGCGUGCACGCUGUAUAGCACCCACGCUGACAGUGAAGCUUCGACUGCAGACGCGUGUGUAGUUAACCCAGUGGCCAGCGACACCGAGCUACGCACACGGAAGAGCAACGCUAUCAACAUCUCGAUGGUGAAGCUGCGCAAAGUGUCAGUGGCAGGGAGAAAUUGCCUUGCCGUUUUCGACCACUCGACGUACAAAGGGCGCCGGAAAAAACGUCUCCUGCGUGAAAAAGCGUUGAAAAAGAUGCUAACGCCGGGACGAUCGGGAUCAAUCAGUCCCGCGGAGAUCGGCAAUGUACCGGAAACGAAGGAUCCUGGGGCAACAGGAAAUGGUUCGGGAACUUACAUGCGUGGUGCGCGCAGCCCAGGCUCCUACGAGGGCGACGACAGGGCGAAAGAGUUCCUUUCGACCGGAAGAGCCGGAAGGAGGAAUGCCCUGACGGAGAUUUUGGGCCGCCACGCUGAGCCUGCGAUGUUGGAUCUGCCGGAUCGAUUCGAGGAGCUUUCCAUGGAGACAGUUGCAGGUCAAUCGAGCAGUGGUGGGCAAGAUCCGAAUUCGCCAGGCACCUCGAAACAACAGGGUUGACACAGCCCCUGGUUUCGUUUUAUGAAUACCUCGGUCGCAAGAUCGACGGAACGUGCCAUUGAUGGGGAACGCAGCAGCAACAAAAGAAGAAGUGGUUGUUCGAAGUUGCAGGAGAAAGGAGUUGUCGAAACACACAGCAUCGGGCCGUCACUCGACGCGACGCUCGGCCUCAAACUUCACGCAUCGUUUAUCUUGUCGUUACGUUGCGCCGGUGUGGUUGCCCCUUGAAAGCCAGUUGCACACGUGCGCUACUGUAAGCAUGUGAUUUAAUGCGAGUGUGGAGAGUACGUUCUAUCGGAAACGAGCGUUGCAGCUCGUGUUGUUAGUAACGAACAGAGACAUAUUCACAAUAUGCAUUGAAAUAGCCACGAUUAGUUAGCAAGUUUGAUAUUAUUGAAGCAGCAACGUCGCAGACAAUUUAGCGGCUCUUGCGACGCGUCGUUGAUAAAAGUAGGCGACGCGCUCUGGAAAAAGAGAGCACUGCGAGAAAAUGAUUUUUCCAGACAAAACGCGUUUAGAAUUACGCGCUUUACAGUGGCGGAUGAACGAAUAUUUUUUCUUUUUUUUUUUUUAUUGCAAGCGCAUUCUCAAGUUGCACUCUGCGAGGCUAUUAGAGCGACCGCUGUGAGAAUAGUCAGUGGGACAAACGAGUAUGCGCUUUGCCAGGAUUUUCGUUUUGUGACGUGUCUGCUGGAUUUCAUAAAGUGUCGCGCUCUUUUCACGCUGUACUCGCGACAAAGUAGGAUAAAAAAGUCUGUCUUCGGCUGUUUCACGGCUUUCCAGGAAGAAAAGAGCGAACGAAGACGCCUCUUCCUCCUGUCGAGAAAAAUAGUCGAUUUUCGCAUUUCCUAAAGAUGUUUCGUAACUUGUAUUCAAUGUAAUAAAUAGAUUGCGAACUUUCGUGCAUUUUUACGUCUUUAUGAAUGGAACCAAAGAAAUGGACCUUUGUGUCGUCUCCACUGAAUAUCAGAGUGAAUAUCUUGCUUUGGAUAUCUAACGUACUUUUGGAUAUACGCGUCGAAAUAAAUGCACAAGCAAAUGCACAAAAAUCCGCAGUCUGAUAAUCAAUAAUCGUCCACUGUUUCGUUAUCGGUAAACGACUGAUUGUGAAUUGCGAAGUCAAUAAUUAUUCCAGAAAAUCGAGGUUGUCUCGUUGCACGUGUGUAGUUCUGUCCUAUAAAAAAACAUGAGAACGUCAAGAUGGAUCUCGUCGCACCUUAAUCUCUUUCUACCAGAGCACGUCGUGUACGUGUGCGUAUAGCUCGAGAAUCGCACGAUGGGAAACACUUGCUGUCUGUCUCACGGAAUAAAUCUUUCAUGUCGUGACGUCGUGAAUGUUGUAUACCGAUAGGUCAGCGUGUUUGUACGUGUGUACGCCCCCAUGGGCACCUUGUGAAUCGCGAACAUGGUUCGCAGAAACGAGUAUGAUCCUUUGUAUAAAUUUGUCAGGUUCUGUUACCACCGAAGAUAUCUUACAAGUUCUCGGUCUGUUUUUUUUCCUUUUUUUUGCAUCGUGGUACGCGUAAAUAUCAUAACAUUUAGGAAUUAAAAGUUUGAUAUAAGAUAUGCAGUUUUAUACAAAUAUUCAUUGUACGAACAUUGGCCUAUUGACAAACGCACGCGCAGAGAUAUAUUUUUAUUUAUGAUCAGAAAUCACGUUAUGUAUUCAAAAUUUCCAACGAGAAGUAAGUAUUUUCUGAAAUUCUCAUAUUUUUACAAACGCGUGUGAUUUGUUACAUGCCUAAAGAUUAUUUAUAACGUUAGUAAUAGUAAUUUAAUCGUGGCAACGAAAUUGUCUUGCAGCGUAAUUAACUCUGGUUGUGCUUCGAAUACAUCCAUGAAAUACUAUAGCAAUACGAACAGAAUUAUCUUCGUCUCGAAUCAUUUUCCCAGGAGUUUCAAUUUAAAACAAUUUAUGUUAUAUUUAAUAUUCGUUUACAGUAAUGCUGUUCAAUCUCGUACCACAAACAAAACUGUUAAUGCGAAACAAGAUCAUCAACAGACUUGCAUAAAUACAAGAUGUUCCAUUGUAUUCAAUCUGUGAAAAUAUCGAUGAUGGAUCCAAGAAAUAUACUGCUGGUCAAGAUAGACAAUUAAAAAUAGGUCUUCUCUUCCGAGAAUGUUUCCAGGAUUCAAGGAUAAUCUCCUUAACCGCGACUAUAUCCUCUGCACUGUUACUAUCGUGGAGAACAGUGUAUAUUACAGUUGUGUUAAUUAAAUUACGCUGUAAUUUGAUUACUUAAGGUAUUACGUAACGCAAACUUUUCAUUUAAUUCGAUUUGUAAUCGCAAAUUACUUGAAUCACGAGCGUAAUUGAAUUAUUUUGCAAUUAUAAUUCUCGAAGCAGAUCAAUUGUAAUUUCGCACAAUUCCGAUGCAAAUUACUCACUUCGAUGCUUAGACUUCGCUGUUCUUAGUUGCAAAUAAUCGAUAAUUAAAUUAAUGACGAAUAUAAUGAUUGAUGAACGUGGAAUGGUAAUUAUGGAAAAACCUCGAUCGUUUAAUAAUAUUGAAAUUUCUGUCGAAAAUAAUGUACAGUACGUUAAUUGUGUACAAAAUACAUAAUUCUUAGCUAUGUCAAUAUAAGGGCUUGUACAGACGAUACCAAGAAUAAUGUGUCUUUGAAUUACCGAAUUGUAAAUAUAUGUAUGUACCGCGAGCGGUGUUGGGCAUUAUUGAAUAAAUU